AAAAAAGUAAAAUUUAAAAUGUUAAUUGAACAAGGUGAACCUAAAAUCAUUGUGGCAGUUCGUAAAAGGCCAUUGAAUAAGAAAGAAAUCAAUAAAGGUGAUAUUGAUAUUGUUGAUGUCUCAAAUUAAUAGAGUUAAGUGAUUGUAAAAGAAUAAAGGUAUUCAUUAAAUAUUCAUUAACCAUUUUAGAACCAAAGUUGAUCUAACUAAAUACAUUGAAGAGCAUUAAUUUAAUUUUGAUGCAGCCUUCGAUGAAAAUACCACUAAUGAACAAUUAUAUUUGCAAAUUGUGCGUCCCAUAGUUGAAGCAGCAUUUAAUAAGGCCAAAGUAACAUGUUUUGCUUAUGGAUAAACAGGAUCUGGCAAAACAUAUACUAUGUUGGGUGAUUAUCAAGAAAGAGUGCCUGGAUUAUAUUUAUUGGCAGCAUAUGACAUUUUUUGUUUACUUAAUAAUGAAUGUUAUGGCCAUCUUCAAAUAGCAAUCUCGUUUUAUGAAAUUUAUUGUGGGAAAUUAUUUGAUCUUUUAAAUGAAAGAUCAUUACUUUAAGCAAGAGAAGAUGCAAAAGGAAAUGUGAAUAUCGUAGGUCUACAAGAAAGAAAAGUAUAAUCUGUAGAAUAACUCAUGAAAGUAAUAGAACAAGGAAGUGCAUCAAGAAUUACAGCAUCUAACUCAUCAAAUAGUGAUUCAUCUAGAUCUCAUGCUAUUUUACAGAUUACAUUGAAAGAUGGAUCUAGAUCUCAUGGAAAAUUAUCAUUUAUUGAUUUAGCAGGUAGUGAAAGAGGAGCAGAUGUAAGUGAUACAAAUAAAUAAACAAGAUUUGAUGGAGCUGAAAUUAAUAAAUCAUUAUUAGCAUUAAAGGAAUGUAUAAGAGCUUUAGAUUUAAAUAAAAAUCAUACUCCAUUUAGAGGAUCUAAAUUGACAUUAGUAUUAAAAGAUUCUUUUAUUGGAAAUUGUAAAACUGUUAUGAUAGGUAACUUUUCACCAUCUAAUUCAUCUUCUGAACAUACUCUAAAUACUUUAAGAUAUGCUGAUAGAGUUAAAGAACUUAAAAAACCUAAUGAUAAAGAAUUAAAAGAUUAAGUUACUUCAUUAGAUAAAUUAGCAAGAGAGUUGAUGUUACCAAGAUAAUAAUAACCAAUUAAAAUGUAAAAACAACCUUAAAAUCCAUAAACAUAAUAGUAAUAAUAAUAAUAAUAAUAACCAUAAUUCAAUCCAUUUAAAAAUAAUCCUUUAUAAAAUUAUUAAAAUUAGAAUCUAUUUCAAUAACCUUAAUUUUUAAAUUUAUAAAAUUAAGUACCUGGAAUGAUGAUAUCAUAAUAAUAACCUUAAUAACCUACUUAUACAUUUUAAAAUUAUGUUUAGCCUCCUCCUCCAUAACCUCAACCUGUUAUUCCUUUAUAAUAAUAAUAAUAACCAUAAUUUAAGAUUAAUGAUUCUAAAAAAUAAUCUUACAAUAAACCAACACCAUAACUUUAAGAACCACGACCUUAUAUGAAUGAAAAUCUAUUCCCAGGAUAAAUUGAAAGAAAAACAAGUAAAUAUAUAUAAUUUAUAAUUCCUAAGAAAUUAAUUAGUCUAUGGAAGAUGAUUUAAUGAAAAUAGGCCAAAAACAUGAAUAAUUAAUUAGUGUAAUUUUGGAGGAGGAAGAAAACCUAAUUUCAACCCAUAGAUCACAUAUAGAUUAAAUGGUAGAAUUGGUUAAAUAAGUAAAUUUUAAUUUAAAUAUUUAGGAAAUGAUGUUAUUGCAUAAUAUAGAUAAACCUGGAUCAGAUGUGGAUGAAUACGUAAAAGGACUUGAACAAAUUCUAUUGACAAAGAUGGAGGAAAUUUAAACGUAAAUAUUAUUUUAAUCAAUUUAGAUUAUAAUCACAAUUAUCAAUGUUUAAAUCCCAUUUGUCAGAAGAAGAAACUUUAUAAAAGCAAUUCUAUUAAUAAAGAUAGUAAAUAUCUUAGUCAGAUUCGGAAUGUUCCGAUAUUUUUAAGUGA